AUGCUCACUUUUUCGCUCCUACUCCUCUGCUGCGGGCUCCUUGUGUCAGCGCAAGAGAAACACGUCCGCAUCUCCGUCGUGCACCACAAGAGAGAAGCAGUGACCUGCGAGCAGAAUUACGGAGAAGGCUCGCAGUCAUGUGGAGGUGAAGGGAGCACCUAUUGCUUCAACCCUAAAAUCGGCCAGUCGUGCUGCGCAGCAGACAACGGAUUCUGCGAUUCGGGAAAAUACUGCGCGCCUGUCGCGGGUUAUUGCUGUCUCGAGGGAGAGGAUCUGGAGACGUGUGCUCGCAAUGCCGGGUUUACGCUGCCCGGAUCGGCUUCGAAUACGACCGCGGGACCUCAGGUCGUGGCCAAUGUAACAACUAUUGCCGGCCCUACGAUAACAGUCCUCCCCUUCCUCAAAGAAUCGGCAACCCCGGUACCAAAGAAAGUCGACGUUCAAAACAACUCAUGUUCAUUCGCGACCCCGGCCAAUGUGAACAAGCCUGUACCAGUACCGACCCUCAUAUCGCAUACAAACGCAACAGCUCCAUUAACUGUACAAGUCUCUUCAGCAAUAAAACGAGCUGAAAUUUCGACUGGACCUAUGACGCUACUUAGUUUAUUGAGCAUCUUAGCUAUUGUUCUUCUGGAGUUGGUGAUAAGUCCGAGGUAA